AUGAAGGUCUGCUGGGCUUCUGACGUCAAAUCGGGGCGCCAGCUGUGCACUGCCGGGCUCUGGUUGUUGCUCCUCAGUUUGCUGAGCAAUGCUGACAUCAGCGAGGCCCGGCUGCGAGGAUGGAGAUCCGACUUUGAUUCCAGUGGGACUGGUCGCCACCUUCUGGAGGGGGAGCCUGCCCCGACUUCCGCGGGCAAUCCCGGUUGCUCUAGCGGCUUAGUCGGGUGGGUCAACUGCGGCGCCGCGCUUGACACCACCAGCCAGGUCUGCAUCAACGGGUACACCUGCCGCAUGGGCCAGCAGCUCUGCAGUGCCACGUGUUACGAUCCCACGACGUCGAGCUGCGUGAGGGGAUCCCUCAGCGCGACCGUUGGCGCCGAUGACGGCACCGAGACCAAGAACUGCACGCUGCCGAUACCAUACACAGGUCCCGUGGCUUGCGCUGGCGACGGCUGCCCAAUCGAAACCGGCGCCCCCCUCGCGCCGCAGCCCGCGCCCGUGACGUCAGCGACCGCGGCUCCCGUGACGUCAGCGUCCACAGCAGCGGAACCCCCGGUCACGAGCGCUCCGAAGUUCGGCGGCAACCCGGGGUGCCCGGACGGCUUGGUCGGGUGGGCCAACUGCGGGGCCGCGAUUGACACCACCAGCAGCGUCUGCAUCAACGGGAAGACUUGCCUCCUGGGCCAGCAGCUGUGCACUGCCACGUGUUACGAUCCCGCGACGGCGAGCUGCCUGGGGGGUUCCCUCUCCGCUACCGUGGGCGCCGACGACGGAACGGAGACGUUGAACUGCACGACGCCCGCCGUGAACACGGGACCGGUCGCCUGCUCGUACGACGCCUGCUUCACUGAGACCCCGCCUACGCCGCCGGGGGCCGGAGUCGCGGCCGCGGCCGCAAACCCUGCGGCCCCGGGCACUACUUCCACGUCACCCACCUCUUCAACUCCCGCCACGAAAGACGGCGGCGGAGGCACGAACGUGGCCGCAAUCAUUGGCGGCGCUGUCGGCGGCGCGGUCGGCCUGGCGGUGCUCGCGGGACUCGCGCUCUUCGCGCUCGCGCGGCGCCGCGAGGCGAAGAAGCCGCUCGAGUUCCAGUCCAUGAAAAAGGAGGUCGCCUUCCAGGACAUGCCCGAGCCCCAGCGCGAGAUCCCGGCGUAAGAAGAGCGCGCGGGGGAUGCGUUUCUGGUUCAAGUGUUUUGUCAUUCGGAUAUCUAAGUUGUUGUGUUUGUGGACGAUCCGCGAAUGGAUGAGGGCAACCGGUCGCAUUUGGCUUUGCAAACAUACAGUGGGUCAAAUCAGCGUAGAAAAAGAAGACCAGAAAACAAAAUCGUGGGCAUAGCUGAGUCAUCAGGCCUCAGAGUGUGGAAAAUGCAGUGGGCCGCAGCCUCCUCGUCCCAAGACGCCGCUCAUCGCAGCCAGCAAUCUACAUUUUGAUUUAGGGUCACACUUCGAUCUAAAUAGGCAGUAAGGACCGGUGCGAACUUCAGAGUUGGCGUGCUCGGAACAAGCGAAAUCAACAGAUAUGAGUCGGCUCACUGCGCCUCCUUCAAGAAGCAAUGAGCAUGGUGGCAAUCCUCAAGGGCCUGUACUACAGAAUAUGGCGGCGAAUGCCAGGUAGUGAGUAUCGCGGCCGCGCUCGUGGCCGCGAAUGGUACAUGCGCGCGCGGCCGCGCCGCCAGAAGCGCGCUGCCUGGGCGACCAGUACGUAUCAGUUGCAUGAAAUCGAGAGGAGGCCAGCCAACCUGUACAUACGUUGGAUCCACAAGUGACAAGAACUAGAGACUCUGCAACAAACAACUCUGCCGGCUACAUGUGGUUCAGGGUGUAUCUCCUCGAACCAGACGGUGUCUCGGAACAAGAAUAUACUCGGCUCUGAGACGUAGACACAUAAUUGUUUUUGAGACACCGGGCCGUCUGAAUCGAAGUGAUACAGAAACCCGUUCAAAAUCUUCACUAAGAAAUCUUGUAUAUCUUGAGGCCGUC